AUGGCCGCCACACUCUUGAGGAUCACCGCCGCCGUCGCUUUUGUUGCCCUCGCCCUCUCAUGCUCCGACGGCAGCUCUAGCUGCACAAAUUGGGUAAAAAAUGGCUUCUGCUCUAACAGCUUCUACACGACGGCUCAAAAGGCUCAAUAUUGUGGCGCAUCAUGCAGCCUCUGCUCGGUAACCAGUGCCUCGGCGACGUGUUCCGACUUGAACACCAACUGCGCCACUUGGGUGUCAAAUGGCUUCUGCACGAACACCGCCUACACCGACGCCCAGAAGGCUCAAUAUUGUCCAUCCUCAUGCAACAUGUGUGUGACAUCGACCGGCGCCACCUCGACUGCCACCGCCACCACGGGUGAUACAAGCACAACCGGAACAACCGGCACGACCGGCACCACGGAUACAGCACGACAGGUAGUUGAAAAGGCAAAACGCUAUCUGACACUUAUAUUUAUGGAAAAGCUU